AUGGGUAGCUGUGUCGCGAAAUCAAAACGUAUAAAACCGGCCGAGAUUUCCGACAGCAAUGCUAGCAGAAAUAACAAGCUUCGCCUUACAAUGGAAUUUUCCCAAAAACAAGUUGAGCAACUAACUGAUGCAAACGAUUCAAAAAUCCCAACAAAAAGAAAAGUCAGAAAAAGGAAGUACACGCUCCAAAAUGUUGAGCAAGGGGAUCAUGGCACUUUGCUAUUGAUUAGGCAAAGGUCUAUGUUUCUUGGACAAUACUCAACAGAAAUUCAAAAAGGGUUUGAAGAACGAGGCAUGAAAAUAGAAGGCGAAAUUCAAACAACUUGUUUACAAAGUGCAGGAAUCUGGGUCAACUGCAGAAAAGGAAUGAAGCCUGAUCUGCCAAAUCAAGAUGACUACUGCAUACUUAUAGAUGGGCCGAGCUAUUUGCUAAGUGUAUAUGAUGGUCAUGGUCAGUACGGGCAUGAUAUUUCCAAUUUUGUACACAGCAGAUUGCCAAACCUAAUGAUUGCUCAUCCAGAUUGAGCAGAAAAUCCUAAACAAGCAAUAAAAGAUACAUUUGUGUCAUGCCAGCAACAGCUGAUAGAUGUAUGUGACAAGCCAGAAACUGAGUUUAACUGCAUUUUAUCAGGAACAACUGCAACUAUUGUAUUUUACCAAAAAAAUAAACUUAUAGUAGCCAAUGUAGGAGACUCAAGAGCCGUCCUCGCAAAACUAGAAAAUGGGAAAAUUAUUGCUCAUCCAAUAACAAGAGACCAUAAGCCUGAAGAAGCAGAUGAAAAACAUCGAAUUGAAAGAGCUGGAGGAGAAGUAAAAAAAUUAAAAAAUGACUGAGCAGAAAGGGUGUAUUUCAAAGGAAAAGACAGCCCUGGGCUAUCAAUGACAAGAGCAUUAGGAGACACAAUGCUUCAAAGCAUUGGGAUUUCUUCAGAACCAGAAACUUAUGAAAUUGAUGUCGAAGAAGAGGAUCAAUUUGUAUUAAUAUGCAGUGAUGGGGUAUGGGAAUUCAUCUCAAACCAAGAAGCUGUAGAGUAUGUUUACAAGUUUAAAGGAGACGUAAGACAAGCUACAGAGAUGCUAUCUGCGCUCGCAUGGUCUAGGUGGAUAAAAAAAGACUCUUCGACUGUUGAUGACAUUACUGUAAUUUUGGCAUAUUUACCCAAAAAUUUUGAAAAAAUUGUUUUUAGAAAUUUUAAAAAAAUUCUAAUUUGCAAAAUUGGGAAUCAAAUAUUAAUUUAAUUUAUAAAAUUUAUGUUUAAAACCAAUUUGUUUAAAAUUAAGCAGAAUUAGCUCGAGAUUUCAUUAUGCUAAUUAUCACUUAUAUAUCAAUUUUUUUUCAUUUCUAUUAAAAAAAUUUUUGUUCACUCACGGAGGGUUGGCUUUUGGACAAAAAAUAGGGAUUUUUCAAAUGGUUUUGUUCACUCACGGAGGGGGUGGGGGGAGUUAAUGAUUUUUGUAAAUAAAAUAUUUUUUUAUUGUUUACUGUAAUUAUUAA